AUGCAAGAUUGGACGAGCGAAGUUCCAACACCACAGCCGAUUCUGUCCAGUGUCCGAUCAUUAACGCUCGGGCUACGUUGGGAAGCCACGCAAACUUGGUCUGACUCCGACGACUGGGAGCCCAGACAAGUACAACUCGAACCCCCACUCAGAAUUCUGUUAGGGAAUAUUCUGUCUCACCUUGAUCUUCCCAACCUCUCAUACCUUUGCCUGCAUGCAGCAAAACCGGAGCGGUAUAGACGAAAACAAUUUAUCCCGUGGCCCCAAAAUGCCUUCCUUCGCUUCAUCGCCAGGUCGAUGACUAUCCGAUUAUCCUCGCUUUUGCUCUACGGAGACAUAACCGGAAACCCAACAUUGAGUCCAACAGGAGGGCUGAUUUACCCUAAUAAGCAUGUGCUAUUCAAGGACGAUCUCUUGCGCGCAUUGUGUUGUGCAAAGGACGCCACUAUCCUUGUCCCCGGCUUAAAAGACCUUGCUGUAGCUUCGGACCUGGAAGACAUAACCGACGAUGUCUGCCUGGAGUUCUUGGCCUCACGUGUCCAACAACUACAAAAGCGACAGCCAGACGCUGUCUUCUCUUUGCAGAUAACGAUCAUGUCUCUUGGCGGCUCAGGCUUUCAGAUGGGUGAAUCAUCUGUCGCCCUCAAAGCGAAAGAAAACAAGUUUGGUGCACUUGUGGAGUCACUCAUAGUGGGAGGGAAACUAAGACUUUCCUUCUUGAGCAUCUCAGAGUUGGAAGCAGUGCUGGAAGACCCUUAUCUCAAGGCAAACCUUCCGACUGCUCGUACUCGAUCUGACAGGACAUCGAUUUGGGGCAGAUCAUACGAUGAUGUUUUGGAUGAAGAUUCUGAAGGAGGACGAAGAAGACUCGGACUCAGAAUAAAGGCGUAG